AUGAAUUCGUCUGUUCAAUUACCACCGUCGAUAAGUGAUUUUACCCCCAAACAAUUAGGCGAAGUGCAGGAAUUGCAACAUAGAAACCUAACCUCAAUCACAUGGCCACUUUUUACAACAAAUCACGCGCUUUUUCUCAUUGGACUUUAUCUUAUGUCACGAAUUUGUGAAAGAAUAAUAAAAUAUUUACAACCCGAUGUCUCUUUAUUACAUCUAAAGAAUUGCACUACAUAUCUUCUCGAAAUUUUUUGGACGUUUGUCGCUUUAGCUUUACAACUUUCAGUUUAUCGAUUAUUGAUUCGUGAUUUUAAUUAUCAUGACUACGAGACAGCGCAAUAUAUGGCAUUAAUAUUGGUUGAUUUGUAUAUAUUUGAAUUAUUGUAUCGGCCUGUGAUGCGAUUACCACUGAUUAUGCAUCAUUGCAUUACAAUUUUUCUUGUAAUCUUUGGAACCUAUAUUAUACAAGAAUGUGACAACCUGGAUAUUCUUCCACUAGCAAUAAUCAUCCUAUUUCAAGCUACCACCGAACAAAUAACUUUUGUUGGGUUAUUUCUCUAUCGAGUAAAACCUUCUUUGUCGUCACGAACGUUAUUUUUUGCUGCUGUUCAAGUUUUCAUCUUGAAAUUUUCUACGCUUGUUUGGAGUUACGUGUUUUGGGAACAACACGUGUUGCCGAAUCGAGACGGACAAUCUUUGGUGAAAGCAUUCAACGUAAUAUUUCCAAUCUGUGGAAUUAUUCUUUUUGGAACACAAAUUUGGUCGACUUAUGUCGUAUAUAAAAUUGCAAUUAAAGCUCGUCGAAAUUCCAAAGAUCAAAAACAUACAAAUAAUAAUCCUGAUGAAAAAAAAUUGGAAGAAAAUUCGAAUAUUACUUUGCAAGAUAUUAAUGUUAAUGAUGCGUCUAUUAGGGUGACAGCAACCUCUUAG